AUGGCUGAAUCUUUGCUCUGUUUUCCCUGUAUAGGAGGACAGCCUCAGCCGAAGCGGAGAGCACGGCCAAGAUUAGAUCCCAGUAUGAUAGGCCAGCCAACAAAUUUCCGACACACAGCACAUGUAGGCACAGGUGACGUCAGGACGUCUCCUAAUCUUCAUUCCGUUCAGAGCCAGAUGUCAUCCAAGGGAGAUUAUUCUCAUUAUAUUUCACCAGGUCAUUUGCAGUUAUCUGUUGUAGAUUUACCUGCCCGGAGACCUUUAUAG